ACUGUUACAUCUGUUCCACCUUCAGAAACUGAAGUCGUCCAAAGAGCGUGGGGCAAAAUCGGUCAGCUGUUCAGAAGCACCUCUGCAUGGCGUCUGCUGGGGGGUAUUUUGGUGCAGCCAUCGGAAGUGACUUUUUUCUUUUUUGAACCUCUAACUUGUAGGUCAAGUUUAGAAGUUGUCUUGAUGUGUUGCUUAUGAAGGCAGACGACAGAGAGCUUAGUUUGUAAUUAAAGAGGAAGUGCACGGAGAAAAUGGAGGACCAGAAAACCGUGAGCUUCAUGAGACUCUUGUCGGACGAAAGCGUUGAGUCCACCCUGUCCACAGACUCAUGUGAGUAUUACCAAACAGAGAUCUAUGAACUGCUGCCAAGCGUCCAGGCUGUCCGGUCCCAGCAGGACACAUAUGAUACACUAAAAAGCAGUGAGGCCUACCAUGGGGGUCAAGGACCUGAGGAGGGCUUCGGCAGAGAUACCCAGUCAAGAGGACCCAGAGAGAGGGUGUCUUUGCAGCCACUCAAAAACCUGGCCAUGUGUAUGCAGGGGAAGAGAGGUGCAAGGGAAAGGAGGAAAAUGCAAAUCAGCAAUAUUGGUUUUUGGGAGUCGGGGAGGCGGAGCCAGUGCAUCAACACGAAGAAGAUCUGGGCUCAGAUGAGAGAGGCGGGCUUUAGUUUGUUGCCAUGGCAACACACACUCCACGAGAUCCAAGGUAACUCAGAAGAACAGAAACUUACUUGGAAAUUUGGCAUCGGAGUGAAGUCCUACUUUGUUUUCCUCAGAUAUCUGAUCUACUUAAACCUGCUACACAGUGCUCUUAUUGGAGGCCUCAUUUUAGGGCCCACAGCAUUUUAUGGGACAAACAACAGUGAAUCUUUGCAAUUUGGCAUAAAUGACUCUGCGCUAGAUUUCUUCCUGGGAUCGGGAUUUCUGGCUCGCUCUCCUGUUUUCUUUGGCUUUUAUACCCGUGGCUCUCUAGAUUUAAUCUGCCUGAACACACCGCUGCUAUACCUCGCUGGGAUCCUCAGCAUCUUCUUCUGUAGUCUCAUAAUGAUAGUCCGCAGAACAAUUGUGGGCUACAAGCACACCUGGAUGCUUGAGAAGCGUACCAGCAUGAAUGUUAGCUUCAAGAUCUUCUGUGGCUGGGACUUCAACAUCCAGGAUCCGGCAGCUGCAAAGCUCAAGCACAGCUUCAUUAGGAAUGAUCUCAAGCUUUUUCUGGAGGAGCAGAGCUUCUCCUUGAGAAAGGCUCAGAGGACUCUUAAACACAAGGUGUGUCUCUACCUGCUGAGGUUAAUCCUUAACCUGGUUGUUUUAUCUCUGCUCGUGGGAGCUUUUUGCCUCAUCUACGUCUCUGGAGUGAUCACCAGCGAACAGAGGCCAAAACACUGGUUUCUUAAGCUGGUUCUUCAGUAUCUUUCUCCCAUCACUAUCACCUUUGUGAACCUAGUCCUCCCUCAUAUGUUCCGUAAGAUCUCAGCUUUCGAGGACUACUCUUUAACCUUUCAAGUGAAUGCAACACUUGUGAGGAGCAUCUUUUUGAAGCUGGCUUCCCUGGGAAUCUACUUAUUUUUCAUCUUCAAUAAAAAAUUGAAAGAUCCUUCGUGCAGGGAAAACCAGCUUGGCAGAGAGAUGUACAAACUGUGCAUCUUCAACUUCCUCACCACUUUCUUCAACACUUUCUUUAUGAACUACCCCAGGAAGCUUUUGCAGGAGAAGUACCCAACAUCAUUGCUGGCCCGGCUGACAGGCAAACAGCGGUUCCUGAUCCCUUUUAAUGUGCUGGAUCUGGUCUAUAUUCAAACUGUCUCCUGGGUGGGAGUCUACUACUGCCCUCUGCUGCCUCUGAUUGGAAUAGUCACCCUGAUGGCCGUAUUCUACAUCAAAAAGUUCAGUGUCCUGCGGUGUUGUGUGGCAGAACAACGAAUGUUUCGAGCCUCCAACUCUUCGGUUUUAUUCUAUUUCAUGCUGUUGCUGGGUCUCCUAAUGGCUGCAACCACACCGGUCCUGGACUUCUACCAGUCUAAGCAAGCAAACAACUUCAGCAUCUCCUGUGGUCCAUUUAAAAAUCAAGAAUCUGUGUUCAAUGUGACAAAUGUAUGCGUGAAAAGUCUUCCCAGCUCAGCUCAGACUGCUCUCCACUACCUGUCAUCAGAAGCCUUCGCCUUGCCUCUCCUGCUAGCUGAGAUGUAAUUUCCUUUGUGAGGAACCAUGCUGCUACUGUAGACAUAUUAAUCUCCACACUUUAAAGAUGAUUCCGCCUUUGGCUUUGCUUUUUACUGGAGGAUUUCAACUGCAGGCCAAUGCCCUGAUUCAAUAAACAGGUUUAACAUAGGGUUUUUGUUUGCACCUUGAUUUAUUUCCCUAUGAGCAGAACAUACAGCAUAAACAAAAGACAAGCAGAGAAGCUUUAACUUCUAACUAUAUUCUCAGACCAUCUUGCUGGUAAAUAGCUAACUUUAUUUUGAGAUUGUGUCAGUUAAUAUGCUGAAGUUAGGCUGAGUUAACUGAAUCAGUAACAAAGGACAAAGGAGUAUGACCAAAAAUUAUUUAUAAACCACUUGAGUUUCUUUUCAUUGUUUGGCUGUAGAAUACUCAAAAAUGUGCAUUGAGUGAGUCCUUCUCCUGCUUUUUCCAAUCCAACUUCCAGUAUCUGGUAGUUUUUGUGUAUUAGUGUGGGUUUUUCUGAAAAUCUUACUAAAAGCGGAAUUGACAGAGAGUCACAAAGUCACUGACAGACCACUAUUAAAACUUUUCAUGUCUUAAAAAUAUGAUCAAAUGCAAAUAGCAGGUCGAAACAUACUCAACAAUAAAAGCAAGGAUGAACUUUAGCUACUAAAAACGUUUUACUCCUAACACACUACAUGCAGGAUUUUGGGCACAGGAACAAUGUGACCUUCGAAAGACUGUCUUCAAAGAAGCUGAUGUUCUGCAAAGUUUUAUCUGCUAAAUGUUAUCUCACCCAGGCUCUCAAAAAGAACUCCUUGACCAUAGACUCUGGGAAAAAUAAAAUAGUGAGCAUACGGCCGGAGGCGGAGAGCUAUAGAUAAAUAGAGACAAAUUUUGUACAUGUCAAUGACCUGUGUCAUGCCUUGUUUCUCUUUUAGUAAAGGUGAAAAGGCAGAGCCCCCACCCAUCUGUUUCUUUUUUUAAAUGCAACAACACUCAUCUACACUACUUUUGGGCGGGUGGAUGUAGGCUUGGGGCAUUUCCAUACUCCCAUUCGCUGUUUGCUAUUAGGGGUUGGAGGGCUCAGCUGAGCAGUGUGUGCUGGCGAUUCAGGGUUUGACUUCGCAUUGGUGGGGGGGCUGGCUGGCCUGCUUGGUGCGAUGGUAUGCUGUGUGGGUGUGUGUGCACCUGGCAUUUUGAGGUGGCUCCGGGGUUGUGGUGUGGGGUUGGUAGGGUGCCCGGUCUUUGGCGCGCUGUGGUGACCCUUCUCUGGUGCUUCCUCCUGCGGGUCUGGCCCCUGGGCUCCUGGAGGGGGGGAUUGCCUCUCUUGGGUAUCGGUACCUGGACCUGAGAGUAUGGGAAGUAUGAAUGAGUAUACCGCAUUCAUUGUUGUGUGUCUUCAUGGAUUCCUGUGCCCUGCGGGGUCCUUUGGAUGUCUGUGGCUCAAUCUCUGUCUGUCUCGGGUCCUAGGGGGCAGGUCUGUGGCUCCUCACACCCAUUAUUGCAUGUUUUUGUGGAAAAACCUUGUACGCACAAGCAUACUCAUACAUACACCCACAGAUGUUUGGAUUCAGGUGUUAACAGAUACACAGAUAUGCUCUAUAUUGAGCUGUGGUUGCCACUAAAUACAUCUUGCGUUCAUUAGUACCGUGAACUUUCUGGUAACGUUGUUAUAUUUGCAUUUUUGCAGGUGUAGAAGCAAUCUUCUAGGGUGUUAUCUUGUUUCCUCUAUUUCCUCCUUCUCUCCCCUAUUCUUUUCUCAUUCUCUCCCUUUUUUGCCUCAUCUCUCUUUCUUGCCUUUUUCCCCCUUUCAUCUCUGUCUCCUUGUCCAUUGCAUGUGAAAUAAUCCUAAAGCGGUUUCUAAUGAAGUUUUUUUUAUCAAGCGGAGCAUUAUAGCAUUUAGCCGUAAUGCUCAACAAACUCAGACAACAAUUCUAGGUGCGACUCUGCCAGACAGGAUACGUUAAAAAAAAUAAAGGUGAAUAUUAGAAUUUUUUUCUUGGUAAUUUAAUCUAAGUGUUAAUGGAGCUGUUCUGUACAGGCCUCUGAGGUUUGUUGGAAAACAUUAGUGACAGCAUCAUGGAGACCAUGGAACACAGCAGACAGAUCAGGUAAAAAAAUUGUGGAAAGGAAUAAAGCAAGGUUAGAAUAUAAAACCAUAGUUUUGGACAUCAGAACAAUGUUUUAUCCAUUAUCCAAAAACAGAAAGAGUAUGGUGCAACUGUAAACUUUCCAAGACAUGGCAAUCCACCUAAACUGAUUGGCUGGGAAAGCAGAGCAUUAAGCCCAGGAUAACUCUGCAGUGGAGCAGCAGACAUUCACAGCUCAGGCGGGGAAUAUAUGGACAGGACAGCAAUCGGUUAAGCAAUCCUCAAAUCUCAUUUUUAUGUAAGGAAGAAAAACAGGGAGUCACUUUGAGGCCCUGACAAACAUGUGGAAGAAGAUGAUCUGUUAGGAUUAGACUGGAACUGAACGUUUGGCCUACAUAUUUAAUGCAGUGUAUGACAGAAUACACCAUACCUGGGAUAAAGCAUUGGGUUAGAAGCAUCAUCAUGCUGUGAGAAAACUAGCUUGUCACAGAUGCUCUUUAUCCAAUCUGACUGUAAUUGAGCUAUUAUGCGAAUAAUGGCAAAUAUUCCAGUCUCUGCUUGUGUCAGGCUGGUAGAUACACACGCCACCUGAAAGGUUGUAAAGAAGUUUGAUAACCGUGUUUCCUUUUCCUUCUGCUUUACUAUAACUUUGUGUUGCUCUACUACAUAAAAUCCCACGGAAAUAUAUUAAAGUCUGUGGUCGCAAUGUGACAAAUUGUGAAAAUGUUCAAUGGGUAUGAAUACUUAUACAAGGCGACGCCACUUUGUAUAAAGAUGGAAAAGCUGUGCACAACAACAGUGCCUUAAUCUGGUUGAAUGCAAUGGAGAUUACCCAUGAUAUCAAAUGCAAAAGUGACCUUUUGUG